AGAUCUAUAAUAGGAUUGAUCAUUGAAUCUAGAUCUAGAUCUAGAUCUAUAUCUACAGCUCAGAAGUCUAAAUACACUGUAGACUGUGAAUCUAUUUAGUAGAGUCUAGAUCUAGAUAUCUUAAAGACAAUUUCAAGUCUAAGUUUAAUUAGAUCUACCGUAGUUUAGAGAUACAAAAGAAACAGACUGUGAAAGCUAACACUCUAUAUUUUGAAAGGCAGCUGAAAGACAACAUUCAAGCCAUUUACUGCAAUGGAUUUGCAGAAAUUAAAAAAUGAAGACAAAUUGAUUCUGUGUAGGAAAUAUUAUUUAGCUGGAUUCUUUCUCCUCCCUUUUCUUUGGCUUGUGAAUGCCAUUUGGUUUUUCAAAGAAGCUUUCCGGAAACCUCACUAUGCUGAGCAGUCAGAGAUUCGAACAUAUGUUACAAGAUCUAUUAUAGGCAGCGCAAUUUGGUUGGCAGCCAUUAUCACAUGGGUGAUCAUCUUUCAGCUGAACAGAGUCUCCUGGGGUGCAACCGGGGAUCUUCUAACAUUUGUUAUUCCUCUUGGUGAAGCUUAAAUCUUAACCAAAGAUGUCUGCUUUUCGUAGUGUACUAUAUAUGUAUACAUAUGUAUUGUUUUUGCAAUCAUUUGAUUGUAUAUAUAAAAGCCUAUGGAUCAGGGUUAGAAUCAAAGUCAUCAAUUGCAAAGCCUAGAAAAAUGUCUUGUGGAACAAGCUUUUGUUUUUUUUUUUUUCGCUUUCUAAAACUAUUGGUGAUUGUUAAAAGCUUUAUCUCCUUACUUAAUGAGAUUACUAUUUUGGAUCAAACAUAAAUCCUGUAUUUUUGUUUCUUGUUAAUUGUAAGUUCCCAUUGAGACCUUGUGGUCAGUGGUGCUAAUGGUUUUUAUCUCCCCUGUUUUGUUGUUUUUUUUGGCCCCUGAUUGAUAGAGUGUUAUUUGUUUAGCACAACUACUCAGCUGCCUGUACGAUCCCCUACAAAAUUUCAUUUGAUUUCAACUGCUCAGCUAUCUAAAAGUCAGACAACACACCCAACAUCAAGUAUAUCAUUUUUGUUAAUAAUGAGGACUCUAUAACAAGAAGUGUGUGUGUUUUAAUCUCCAGGAUUUAAAAAUAGAUUUUAUCUAUACAUUUUUCCAUAGAAGAGCACAAAAGUUUUAUCUAAAUAAAAUGUAACUAUUAAUUAUUAUUUGAUAAAACAUCCUACCUUAUUUUAAAAUAAAAUGUUCAUUUGUUGAUUAAGUUUUAUUAAAAUGACAAACUCUCAUGCUUUACUAUCAGCUUUCAAAUGCUUUAAUAUUAGACAGUAAGAAGGGACCAAAAAAUUUCAUAUUCAAAGUGUCAUGUUUCAUUCACUAUGUUGUUUCUUUUUAUCUAAAUUGUUUGUUUCAAGAUAUUUUAUUGCAGUUAUGUGCAAACAUUGUUGAAUGAUAUUUGAUAGAAUGUACAUAUCACAGGGUUUCCCAAACCUUUUUUUUUCCCCAUUUUUUCUAAAAAAAAAAGUGCAUCUAAUCAAAGUACACAGCAGUAGAUCAGUGGAAAGGAUUAUUGGGUUCAGGGUCUUGGACACUGCUUGCACUAAAAGAAAAUGUUAGUUUCAAUAUUCAGCCCAUACCAUCAAAAGUAAUAUAAGUUAAAUAAACUACUGUCACAGGGUCUAAAGUAUAACAUUGGCUUUAGAUACAUUGUUAUUCAGCUUAACUACUGUUACAGGAUCUAAAGUUUAGUAUAACAUUGGCUUUAGGUCGGUUUUUAUUAAACUACUAUUUAUAUAUUUGACAAUAAUUAAGAAUUUUGUGUGCUUGGCUUUUAUAUUGAGUGAAAAAAAAAUAUAGCCUGAAAAGUGGGAUAUGUAUUGGGCGUCUAUCCCAAUUCAUCAAAGAGUUGAGUUUGAUGUGUGUACUUUAAACAAAAAAAAUUGAAAUAGUGUCACUUGGCUAGACCACUGGUUAAAAUACAAUAAUUGCUCUGUCAUCUUGAAAUGUUUGCUGUUUGUAUCAAAUAGCAGUAUCAAUUUUGAAAGUUAAUAAACUAAUUUUUAAAUUA